AUGGUUCAGAAAAUAAUCAAAGCAAAGAGCUAUAUAGAAGAAGCAGGAAUCAGCAUGAAGGAAGUAAUAGAAUGGAACUACUUCUCUAUCCAGAAGUGGUAUAAUAGCAUGCGAGGGCAAUAUCAAAAGGUAUCAUGGAGGGGACUAACAUGCAACAAUCUAGGAGCUCCAAAGUGGAUCUUUGUUCUGAGUUUAGCUAUACAAAAUAGGCUACUUACAAGAAGCAGACUACACAUAUGGGAGAUUGCAGAUGAAGUAAGUUGUCCUUUAUGUACUGAAGCAGAAGAGACUAUUGAACAUUUGUUGUUUAACUGUCGAAUUACUGGAGAAAUAUGGAGCAAGCUACUACAAUGGCAAGGAAUAAAUAGAGCUCCGAUGGAAUGGCAAAGAGAGAUACAAUGGGCUGAAAGCAAUGCAACUGGAAACAAUGCAGCAGCUCAAGUCUAUAGAUUGACUCUGGCAUGUGCAGUGUACAACAUAUGGAAUGAAAGGAACAACAGAAUAUUCCAAGAUCAGAAGAAAACAGUGGAAAUGAUAGUGAGGCAAAUUGUUCUAGAGGUAGCAAUCAGAGGAUCGAUGAAUAGUAAGACAGAAAAGAGAAUAGCAGAAAUAGAUACUUACUGUAAAGGAGGAUAG